GAGGUUUCUUUACGAGUGACUCGGAGCCAUGCGAUGAGCAUCCUCAGCUACUUUACGGCUCGCUCUCCGACGGCACAGGUGUUCCUCGUCGCCCUCGCGACCCGGAUCAUCCACCUCUCAAUCCUCCAUCUUUUCACCCGUCUCGUCCCUCUCUUCGACUCUUCCCCAGAACUCCUGCAACACUCGCCAUUGCCAGGGCUGCGGUGGGAUGCUAUUCACUUUGCAUCUGUAGCUUCCAGCGGGUACGAAUAUGAGCAGCAGGUCGCUUUCCAGCCAGGAUGGCUUGGAGUCAUGCGAUCAGCUGGUGAAGUAAUGAGAUGGGUCAGAGGCGCGGCCGUCGUGGACAUUGGAGAUGUCGUCUUGGGCGGCACCAUCGUCGCCAAUGCCUCAAUUAUUGGAGCUACUGUGGUGCUGUACAAACUCUCAACGCACAUCUUCGACCCUACUUAUGCCUUCAUCACCUGCCUCCUGUAUCUCUUGCCUCCCACAGCGAUAUUAGGAUCACCAUACACCGAGCCGCUAUAUGCGCUGCUAACAUUCACCGGUAUAUAUAUGCUGGCUAUCAAAGAGCAAAUGUUCAUCAGCGCACUGUUCUUUGCGGGAGCUUCGAGCAUCCGAAGCACUGGUGUCUUCAAUGCUCUCUUCAUCUUUGCAUACUAUGUGUGCGGAUCUGUAGCCCUUGAUGACCCCAGUGACUUGCGUCUUUUGAAGGGCAUUGCCCUUAGGACAGCCAAGACUAUGCCGUCAAAUUUGCUCGUCAUUGCGCCCUUCGUGGCGUUCCAAUGGUAUACUAGUGUAGGGUUCUGUACAUCAGAAGCUAUGUCUGCCGACACCGCCCGUCCCUGGUGCCACCACGAUCCUCCUUCUUCCUAUAGCUUCGUCCAGUCUCUCUACUGGAACGUCGGGCCAUUCAAAUACUGGACUCUCGCCCAGCUCCCCAACAUCGCUCUCGCGCUCCCCAUCCUCUACUCGUCAUUCCUCGGCACAUCCACCUUCCUCCGUUCCUUCUUCCGUUCCACCAUCUUCCCUAACCCGGGUAGAACCCUACCCAAACCCGCCCGGCCUCUGCCAGAACUCUACCUGGUUCAUAUCCUUACUAUGGCCCUCUUGCUAUUUGCUAGCCAUACGCAGAUAGCGUUGAGAGUGUGUCUAGGUGACCCGGUGGUUUGGUGGAAUGUAGUAGGUCUCGCUUUUGAAUGGGACAAGAGAGAGAAGGGUGGGCGGCUGGAGAUGACGCAGUUGGGGAGAUAUUGGGUGGGGUGGACGGUAGUAUGGGGGUCUGCUGCUAUGGUGCUAUGGGCAGGGCAUUAUCCACCAGCAUGAUAUGUAUAGACUUCAUAGAAAAUGCAUACUGUUGCCCGAGUGUACAAUGGCUCUACGGUAAUGACUGACUAAAGAUAGAAACAACAUCAACAAGAAGAUGGUUAAAAGAGUGUAAUUAUAGGACACAAUCCUGUGGAACUAACUAUCUACUUCUGCAUCUAACGUCUCCUCUUUAGAGUCGCGUUCAUCGUCUCCUCCUCCUCCAUCAGCCUGGCUACUUCUCUCUGCCAGUACAGCACCCCAUCCGUGGCUUUCCUCCUCCUCUCACGCCUCUCCUCCUCCUCUCUCCCACCCGCACCUAUGACAACAUUCGCAAUCUUCCCCGGUGCGAGCCCUCCCAAACCAGUCACACUCAUCGCCUUUCUCGCCCUGGUCAUCCUUGACUGCUUCUUCGACUUGCCAUCCAUGUCAAAGUACGACUUUGGCUCGGCGUCCUCCCCCGUCGGUGGCGGGGAGAGGGACAAACGGACAGGUUCGGGCGAUGGGACGGCCGCUGCACGGCGUACUUGAUCUCGGGCGUUCUCUAGGCUGGCUCUCGCAUAGGGGAGUGUACCGGGUGUGAGGCCGAGGAUCUUUUCAGCCUUGUCGGCGAGUUUGAAAA